AUGCCAAAAUGCUAAAGAAUAGUAACUAAUGAUGGGACUAUUAUAAUAAACUAUCACAAAUUCAAUAAAAACCAUACUUUAGACCUAAAAGACUGGAAUAAAAUACCUACGCCAUUACUUCCUAGGGAAAAACCUGCUGCUCCUUAGCCUAAUAAUAAAAAAUAAUCCGAAAAUAAACGUCCAACAUAAAUUGACCUUUCGGAAAUCCAAAACGAAAAAAAUACUCAAAAAAAAUUAAAAACAAUUGAAAAAAAUGAAAAUAAUGAUUUAGAACUAGACUACGAAAAAUGGAAUAUUGUAGGUACUUGUCAAGACAUAGAAAAACCUUAUUUAAGACUUACAAAAGAGCCUUCGCCAGAUUAAAUUAGACCUGAAGAAAUAUUAAAAAAAAGUCUAAAGUUUUUACUAAAUAAAUGGAAAAAUAGAGAAUGUGAAUAUUAAUAUAUUCAAGACUAAUUUAGAUCUAUUAGAUAAGAUCUAGUCAUAUAACAUAUAAGAAAUGAAUUUACAGCUAAAGUAUGUGAAAAUAAUGCCAGAAUAUGUCUAGAAGUAGAUGAUAUUGGACAAUAUAUGUAGUGUUGUGCAACUUUAUUUGAUUUAUAUUAAAUUGGGAUUUAAGGGUAAAAAGAAGAGUUUUAUUGCUAUAAAAUAAUUGAUUAUGGACUUAAUAUUUAAUAGAAUUUUGAAUUACCGAAAAUUAUAUAUGAAAUUUAAAGUUUUAUUGAACACCCAUUGAUUUAAUUUGCUAUUGAUUUAAUUGAUACUUAUAAUCAAGGUAAUGUUUAUAAAUUUUAUUAAAUGUAUGAAAAAUCACCUAAUAUGUGUUAAUGUAUUAUUGAAAGAAAUAUCACUAGAUUAAGAUUAUGGGGAUUAAGUAUCGUUUCAAAAUCAUUUUAACAAAAAAUGUUUUUGAUUAAUUUAAAAAAUUUAUUAAAAUUUGAAAAUUUAGAACAUACAAAAGAAUUUAUUAUAUCUUGUGGUGCUAAAUUAGAUGAAAAAGGUGAAAAUUUAUUAUUAAAAGAAAGUUGGAAAGCAUUUUAUGAAGCCUACUCAAGCAUAUGA